AGCCAUAUUGUCAUGCACCCAAAUUAGAGAGCAAAAGCCAAUAAUAUUCUUAGUUAAUCCCGCUCCCUUCCUAUCUCCCCUCUCUCUCUCUCCUCUCUAACAAUCUACCAAAAAUGCAGAACAAGGCAAUUGUUGAAGCUCUCUACAAGGCAUUGGCACAGGGCAAAACAGACACAGUGGGAAAGCUUCUAGCCAGUGACCUAGAAUGGUGGUUCCAUGGCCCCCCAAAGAGCCAGCACAUGAUGCGCGUGCUCACAGGGAAGUCCAGCCACACUGACUUCAGGUUCGAGCCCAGAAGCAUCACAGAGAUUGGAGAUGGUGUGAUCAUUGCCGAGGGAUGGGAAGGGGCCAAGGCCUACUGGGUCCAUGCGUGGACCCUCAAAGAUGGGUUGAUUACGCAGUUCAGGGAGUAUUUUAACACGUGGCUGACUGUGAGGGAUCUGAAGCUGGAGGGCUGGGAGAGCUUCACUGUGUGGGAGAGCAUGCCGAAUGACCUAUUCCACCGCUCCUUGCCAGCCCUAUUGCUUGCUAUUUAGAAUUUUAAUUAGAGGAAUUGAUGUUGUGAAUUAGCAAGAAAAAAAUAUGGGAUAUGGAGAAAAAUUAAAUAAGGGGUACUUAUGGUUUGAGGUUUGAGUUCGAACUGUGCAUGAUUUGGAUGUGUUAAGAAAAAUUGAAAUGUAGUUUAUCGGAUGAAAUGGAACAACUCGUAAAAAUGUUUUUGAA